AUUUGUUUGAGACACUCGCUUGAAUACGCUCUACUUCACUCCACACCCUCUUCUUUCUUCACGAUCAUAACGACUCAACAUGUCCCUCUCGACCUUCUUCUACGAGCCUUUCUACUCCCUCGCCGACUUUGACCGCCUGUUCGACGAGGCCUUCUCUGCCCGUACUGGCACCAACGCUGGGUCACAGAACAACAAUCGCCAGGUCCAGAGACAGGACAGUUCCUCAAGGUUCCUUCGCCCAAGGAUGGAUCUUCAUGAGGACGCCCGGCAGAACACUGUGACAGCAGCGUUCGAGCUUCCGGGUCUCAACAAGGACAACGUCUCGAUCGACGUGCACAAUGGUGUGCUGACGAUCUCUGGCGAGUCAAAAUUCUCGAAUGACCGCGACGAGAACGGCUACGCGGUUCGCGAGCGGAGGUACGGCAAGUUCUCGCGCGCGAUUCCACUCCCGCAGGGAAUCAAGAGCGAUGACAUUCGUGCAUCGAUGGAAAACGGCGUGUUGACUGUGACGUUCCCGAAGACGACGCCGGAGACGGCGCCGAAGAAGAUCACCAUCUCUUAAGAAGCUUCAAGAUGGGUUGACGAACCUGGAGUACUCGGGUUAGCAGGAUGUCUGCUGUGUAUACUGUAGUAUUGCGGGUUCGAGCGUAAUACAGCCCACAUGUUUGGGAACGUCUUCU